AUGGAUUUCUCAAGCUUAUUAUCGAAGGAAAUUGAUAAGAAGAGGAAGCUAGCCGAUGAAACCAAGAAGAAUAAAAAGGUGAAGGCCGAGGAUGAGGUGAAUAUUAUAGAGGCAGAUACGGUUCCUAGAGCUACUAAUAGUGAUACGCUGGAGAAGAACAAUAGACAGGUUUACACGCCCGAGGAAACGACGUUGAUUAACUCGAUCUCAGAUGAGCAGCUUGAUGCUAAACUAGAACAAUUGGGUGAGAGAUGCAAUACAGGCAGCACUAAGCUUGACAAAAUUCGAAAGGUAGAAGUACUUCUUCGUCUUCAGAAGAAAAACGAGGUGUACAGGAUACAGCUCGAGAAAGAGGAAGCGACGGACCGAACCAUAAAAUUGGAAGAUAUAGCCAGCAGCGAUGCCAGGGAAAAGUUGCACACGCAAGUGCGUAUGUACGUCAAGUACAUGGUGAAGGAAUGGGAGAACGAUGUACAGCUGAAGACGGAGGGGUUUUCAAGCAUACGUGAUGACGAGGAGCGAGAGGGCGAAGAAGAAUCGGUGGCUAGACAGUCGUCGAUGCUUUUGGACACUAAGAAGGAUUUGGUGAGACUUCUCUACAAGCUCCGCACCCAAAAGCUCACAGAUUCGAUGCUGACAUCUCUCUGUACCAUAAUGUACUAUUUGCAGGUGCGUGACUACCGGCGAGCCAACGAAAGCUACAUGAAGCUCAGUAUCGGUAAUGUGGCAUGGCCCAUCGGUGUCAAGGGUGUAGGGAUCCACGAAAGAAGUGCUGCCCUGAAAAUCACCGGUGAGAACAAGCAGAACUCGGCGAAUAUUAUGCUUGAUGAUAAGACAAGACGGUGGAUUACGGCCAUCAAGCGAUUGAUCUCUUUUGCCGAACGUAAGUGGCCUAUAUAG